UGUCGGCCUGCGGUUUUAAAGGGUCCCCUGACUUGAGACAGAGACACGGUUGCUAUACGGUGCAUGGGGGUCAUCACACCAUCUGCCUCACAAACUGCCCACCCAUGGCUAUUUCCCUUCCCCAUUCUUGUACCUCAGAAACGAUCUCCUUGUUUCAAUUGUAACUAAUCGGUCAUUUAUUGUCGCUCGCCCGCCGGUGAUCAACCAGUUGGGCGGUACAGAGAGUGACGUUUUGUCAAGUGAAGGCUUUUUUUGUGUGUGGCAGAUGAUUUGUUAAUGCUUAAAACUACUCAUCAAUAUUUUCGCUUCCUCUCGAUUUUAUAGUGCUGGUGCUUUAAAAAAAAGUGGCGUAUGUCAGAAUGCAGUAUUUUUCCAGAAUCUGUUCAGAAUUCAUCUGGUGGCACUUAAGAAAUACAUGCAAAUACUAGUCCGUUCCACUGAAUGAAAAUCUAAUAACUAAAAUGCGACAGGAUGUAGAUGCUACCUGCCCUGCUGAGUUCCUCCAGCAUUUUGUGUGUGUUGCUCGGACUUCCAGCAUCUGCAGAUUUUCUCGUUUAACAGCUUCUCAAAGGUUCAAAGAUCAAAGAAGAAAAUUGAGCAAAUUGAAGUCACCUCAAUAGUCUCCAGGGAUUGAGCACAGAAACAUGGAGAUGGCCUCCAUAACAAACAAAGCAGCUGUGUUUAAUAGUGCACAGUCCACACCAGUAACGGAUCCAUCAGGAAGACAGAAAACUGAUCUUCAACAACUCCAUACAAUAGAAAAUAAAAACGAGCAGAAUAAUAGUAGAAAACUAAUCCAAGGGAAACUGGAAGGCACAAUAGAAUAUAGAGCAGGAAUGGAGGAUACUCUCUGCAGCAUAGCCCUGAAGUUCAACAGCACACCAAAUAAACUGGUUCAUCUAAACAAGCUCUACUCACAAAGUAUUGUCCCUGGGCAGCGGUUGUACAUUCCUUUUCCUGUCACUGCACAGAGUGAAGACAGCCCCUUGUCCUCAAGUCCAACCCAUUCUCUAAGUCUGUCUUCAUCCGACGCUGAAUACGACAAACUCUUGGAUGCUGAUUCUGCAGAAAUGUCCAGUGUGCAGUGGUGCGGCUCACAGAUUGUCAGCUCCUCAGGUCAAAUCAGGGCUGAAAUCCCUACUUCCGAAAGAUUCCUAAAAAUCUGUUGCAAGUAUUUCACAGACAGAAAGGGUGUUGUAAUGGGAAUCCUGUAUGUCACUCCAAAAAAGAUCUUUUUUGACCCAUACAAAUCCCAUCCUCUGAUCAUUGAAAAUGGCUGUGAAGAUUACUUCUUUUCCUGCAGCACACAAUCAAUUAUUUCAGCUGAAUCUCACAAAGACAUCUCGCAAAUGAAGCUCUACACAUCUUCUCCCUUAAGAAAAGUUCCUAUCCAAAGUAAAGUACAACAGACAGGAAGAGAAACUGCAAACUCCAGCCAAAAGAAAAAACCUUAUAUCCUUACAGCAGCUCAGAUCAAAGGCAAAUCAUGGCGUGCAGGGAUCAAAGAAACUGAUUUAUUUUCCACCGACCAACAAUCUAAAACUUUGACAAAAUUUUCUGGCAUCCCCUACUCCUGUCUAGAUUCUGUUUGUCAGGUUAAUAUGAAAUCGUGCAAUGAGAUGACGGAAUUGCAGAAGAAUGUACUGUGCGUGGACCUGAAAGAAAAUGACAAAGCUGAGAAUGAAGGUACAGUUCUCUUCACAAACAAAGGAAAAUACAGAGGGAAAACUUCUAUAUCAGGGAACAAACGAUGCGAUUAUUCUGAAAAGGUUACAAGAGAACGAUUAUUGGAACAAGAGGCAAAUCCUGGCAGCAACCAGUAUUUAUCCCAGAUAUUGACAGAGGAGCAGUUGUGUAAGCAAAAUAAGGGAGAGAUGCUUUGUGAUCCACUCAACAAUACAGAUGAUAAAACUGCAUCAUUCUGCGAGAUAAAUCUAUCAGAUCAAGGGUGUAAAUAUCUGUGGUCUAUGGUGGAGAAAGCAGGAGAGAAAAGGCUUUAUACUGAAAUGUCAAGCUUGAAGCCCGAAGAAGCUUGUUCUACCAUAGACAAAGUCAAAGAUGAUCCAUGUGGAUUCUGUAAUAAACAAGGUGUUAAAUCAAAUGAUACAUUACCCACAUUGACAAGCAGACCUGGAUUCCAACAAGACAAGUGUCCUUCUAAAGAAGAUGAAGAUAAACUACGAUUGAUGUUUUUAUGCCUAAAGGUCAGACUUACUGUAAAAAAGACACGUUUGCUUAAGUUUGGAGUGGCUACAUCUCGGGAUAUGGACCGGAACAAAUCUGAGGAAUACUGGUUUGCAAUGUCCCAAGAAAAGGUGUCUGAAUUCCACAAAUACCUGAAGCAGUGGAGACCUGAUAUUUAUCUAUUUGAAGGAAUGGGAGACACUCAUGCAGAUGACUUUGUUCUCUUGGAUGUAAAGUGUCCAUUCUCCUUGAAUGAGAAGCUUUUCGAUAGACUGUUUGAUGAUUGGGAGAUUAUAACGGAGGAAGAUGACCAUUUGAAGCACUUGAAAGAUAUUUUUGAUCCAGACUUUGGAAACAUGGCACCUGUCCUUCAGGGGAAAAGCAGCUUAAUGGAAUCUUUCCACGUUGAGAAGAUUUCCAAGUAUCUCCCACCCAGCACAGUGGGCCAUCCGUGGCUUUUGGCAUUCAGCACGUCCUUGCAUGGCUUCAGCCUAAAGACCUUGUACCGCAAAGUAGCUAACACUGACUCGCCAGUACUGCUGGUUAUAAAAGAUACCUGCGGCCAGGUGUUUGGUGCUUUGACUUCACAUCCUCCAAGGCCAAGUGACCAUUACUUUGGGACAGGAGAAACAUUUCUGUACACUUUUAACCUGGAUUUUAAGGUUUUCCAGUGGACUGGAGAGAAUUCUUUCUUCAUAAAAGGAAGCUUGGACUCACUGGCAUUAGGAGGUGGCAGUGGACAUUUUGGUUUGUGGUUGGAUGAAGAUCUCAAUCAUGGAAGGAGCAAACCUUGUACAACAUUCAACAACUCCAUUCUGUCGAAAACCGAAGAUUUCAUGGUGCAGGAUCUUGAAGUGUGGACAUUUCGCUAGCUGUGCAGGAACCUCCUCAGU